UUUAGUUUUGACGUUUCUAUUCGCGUGUUCAUAAAAUUUACCAAAUUUACAAUUUACCAAAAAAUGGAUCUAUUUGAUAUUUUCGACGACUUUUUAAUUGACGAGGAAGAAGAAAUGUUCAGGGGUGUUAUUUCCAGAAAGGAAAGAGCGGUAAAUGCGAGACCUAACCGUUUUGACAAUUGGGAACAUGCUGAUUUCAUUCGAAGGUUCAGGCUUUCAAAAUUUGCAGUUCAGCAUCUGUUCUCAUUAAUUGGCCACAAAAUAAUCAUUUAACUUCCAGAAACCAAGCCGUUCCAGGAAUGCUACAGCUUCUGAUUACCUUACGUGUUUAUGCUACAGGGAGUUUUUAUAUAACUUUAGGCGAUUUCGCAGGCUUACAUAAGUCCACAGUGUGCCAAAUAAUAAAGAAAGUUACUCAUUCCAUUGCUUCACUGAGUCCGAAGUUUAUUCGUUUACCGCAAAACGAGGAAAUUGUAAAAGUACAGGAAGAAUUUUACGAUAUUGCCCGAUUUCCUCGCGUAGUUGCCGCUCUUGAUUGUACCCACGUAAGGAUUAUUUCGCCAGGUGGAGAUACAGCGGAAAACUUUAGAAACAGAAAAUGUUAUUUCUCUAUAAACGUCCAAGCUAUGUGCAACGCAAGACUAAAAUUUCAAAAUAUAGUUGCGAGAUGGCCAGGAUCUACCCAUGAUAGCAUGAUAUUUUUGAAUUCAGCGGCUAAAUGGCAUUUCGACAACAACAAUUUCAACAAUGGUAUAAUUCUUGCAGAUAGCGGGUACUUCUUAAAUAAUUAUUUAAUUACACCUCUUACGGCGCCACAAUCUCCAGCCCAGCGCCUCUACAAUGAAUCCCAAAUAAGGACAAGGAAUGUGAUAGAACGUUGCUUUGGAGUAUGGAAGAGACCGUUCCCAGUGCUAAGCAUCGGCAUGAGGUGUAAAUUACCAUUAGUACAAGACAUAAUUGUGGCAUCGGCAAUAAUACACAAUCUAGCAAUCGAAAUGCAUGAAGAGGAGCCGCCAGUUGACCCCGAAGUAAAUGUUCAGGUGGAACUAACUUGCCAAAAUAUGGAGUUCGUAAUUUCAGAUGAUAGUGAUACACGAAACUCAUUGUUAGAAUAUUUCGAGUCAUUAAUUAGACUUUGAGUUUAUUAAAUAAAUAGUAUGUACAUACAUAUGUAUGCAAAUUUUCA